AUGAAGACUACAUCCCUUGCCCUAGGGCUUGCGAGCUUCCAUUUCGCCGCAGCUCAACUGUACCCAAAUCAAUCGCCACUCAAUCACACGUGUGCACUCAAGGAACCAGUGCUCUCUUGCUCCGCGGGCGCAAAUCCAUCCGAGACGGAUACAUGCUGCACUGAAACGUUUGGCGGACUACUACUUUCCACGCAGUUCUGGACUAUAUAUACAGGCCGCGAAGCCGAAGGCCAGCUCCUCCCACCCAAACACUGGGGUCUACAUGGACUCUGGCCCGACUUCUGCAACGGAUCGUACACGCAGUACUGCGAUCUCACCCGCCAGUACGACCCCGAUCCUUCGCCAAACACCACUACUGGAACUCCCAGCGGCACACCGGUCCCACCCUGGCACGGCGUGUCUAUCGACGUGUGGAUCGAGGAAUUUGGCCGGGAGGACCUCAUUGCUUGGGCCAACGAGUACUGGAUCGCACAGGCGCAGCCCAAUACUGAGCUGUGGGCGCAUGAGUUCAGCAAGCACGCGACGUGUUUCAGUACAUUUGACGUGCCCUGCUAUGGGCCAAAGUACGUGGACCACGAGGAGAUUAUCGAUUACUUCGAUACCGUGAUAAAGUACUUCAUGCAGGUCCCGACUUAUGAAUGGCUCGAGAAUGCGAGUAUUGUACCCAGCAACAGCACUAGCUAUAGUCUCAGCGACUUCCAAGGCGUUCUGACCGAUGCGUACAAUGAGACUGCCGCCGGGAAGGGCAGCUCAGACAGUGGCAGAACAAGUCUGAGCGAGGUCUGGUACUUCAGUCAUACGCUCGGCAGACCGCAAGAUCACACCGGAAGUAAUAUUGCCAAAGUCAACUCCACCACAAAGUCGAACUGCGCAACGACUGAGGGCGGCGUGUGGUACUAUGAGAGAUCGAGCGGGAGCGAGAGAUCUUGA